GCUCUCACCGCGGUAGUACGCGAGCAAUCCAGGUCCAAUAAAGAAGUGUGCCCCAACGCAUCAUACAGCCGUUUCCCGAUUGACGCGAAAUGUCCCAGCUAAAGUGCGUAAUCGGCGUCGAUGUCGGCACGGGCAGCGCUCGGGCUGCCCUGGUCACCAGUACGGGCCAGCUGCUGAAAAGCUGCGUCAAGGCAACGCAAACCUGGAACCCGCUGCCCGACCACUACGAGCAGUCUUCCGACAACAUUUGGAGCGCCGUCUGCGAGUGUGUUCGUACCGUGGCCGCCGUUGUUCCGAAGGAGCAAAUCAAAGGUAUUGGGUUUGAUGCCACCUGUUCGUUGGUUGCGCUGGAUAAGGGUGGUCAACCGUUGUCCGUGAGUUCUACCGGAAGGGCUGAACAGAACAUAAUUCUUUGGAUGGAUCAUCGCGCUCAAGCUGAGGCGGAUUUAAUCAAUGCUACCAAGCACGAACUGCUGAACUACGUCGGUGGAUCAGUUUCGUUGGAAAUGGAGAUGCCGAAGUUGAUGUGGUUGAAAAAGAACCGUCAACUAACCUGGUCCAAUGCGGGUGCGUUCUUUGAUCUGCCAGACUUUUUGACCUACAAGGCAACCGGGAGUUCGUCUCGCUCGAUAUGCUCGGCUGUCUGCAAGUGGAAUUACGACGCCAUGAAGAGUUCCUGGUCGGUUGAGUUCCUGGACAAAAUUGGAUUGUCAGAACUUGCUGAAAAUGGAUUCCAUCUGAUCGGUGAAAAGCUAAACAGCCCAGGGGAUCAAAUCGCCAAUGGACUCUCACAGGAAGCGGCUGCGUUGAUGGGAUUACUUCCGGGAACUGCCGUGGCCACCUCGAUGAUAGACGCCCAUGCGGGCGCGUUAGCCUUGCUGGGUUGCCGCAAUCCGGACAGCCAACUAGCCGACACGCUAACCUCGAAGUUGGCCAUCAUCUGCGGUACAUCCUCGUGCCACAUGAGUCUCACCGAAGGACCGGUGAUGGCGCCCGGCAUUUGGGGGCCGUACAAAAAUGCAAUCAUUCCGAAUCUCUACCUCAACGAGGCGGGCCAAAGUGCCACCGGGGUGUUGAUGGAUUUCAUCCUGCAGACGCAUCCCUGCUACGCUGGGCUGUUGCAAGAGCACGGCUCGAAUGGGAAGAUUUACGCAGUCUUGAACGACGUCUUGCGAGAGCUGACCGAUCGCAAGGGUUUGCAGUCGGUGCAUCGGCUGACAACUACGUUGCACGUUUGGCCGGAUUUCCACGGCAACCGGUCACCGCUGGCCGAUCCCAAUCUGAAGGGAAUGAUUUGUGGACUCACAAUGAACAAAACCGUUGAAAAUUUAGCCCUGAUCUAUUUAGCGCUGAUGCAGGCUCUCGCAUACGGAACGCGCCACAUCCUGGACGUGCUGGCCCGCUCGGGCCGCGAACCAAUCCGCUCCAUCUUGCUGUGCGGUGGCCUCAGCAAAAACCCACUGUUUGUCCAAACGCACGCCGAUAUCUGCUCGACGCCGGUUUUGCUUCCGCACGAAGCCGAAGCCGUUCUGCUGGGGUCCGCAAUGAUGGGCGCGUGUGCCGCCGGAAUCUACACCGAUCUGAAAACUGCCGCCGCCGAAAUGGCCGGACCAGCCGAGAUCGUCAAGCCCGAUUUGAGCGAUGAGAACCGGGACUACCACGAGAGGAAAUACCGCGUGUUUUUGCGAAUGGUCGGCGAUCAACGGGCCUACCAGCAGAUCAUGAAUGAAUGAGAAUGGGGGUGAAACGCAAGCAGGGAUUUCUCACAGAACAAUCUUCCAAUUGAGUGCAUUUUUUAAGCGUAACGUGAACAUUUAUAAACAUUCUUUAUAAAUAAAGUUUUGAAUCCA